GGGUGCCAGUUCUCCAUGUUUGCUCACUCUCUCUCUCUCCGAUCUUUUUUCCCAGGCAACAUCAUCGGCUCGGGCAUCUUCGUCUCGCCCAAGGGAGUGAUGGAGAAUGCCGGCUCGGUGGGUCUGGCCCUGAUUGUCUGGAUCAUCACCGGCUUCAUCACCGCCAUCGGCGCCCUGUGCUACGCCGAGCUGGGGGUCACCAUCCCCAAAUCCGGCGGCGAUUACUCCUACGUCAAGGACAUCUUUGGCGGACUGGCCGGGUUCCUGAGGCUGUGGAUCGCCGUCCUGGUUAUUUACCCCACUAACCAGGCUGUCAUCGCCCUGACCUUCUCCAACUACGUGCUGCAACCCCUGUUCCCCAGCUGCUUCGCCCCGGACCUGGGACUUCGACUCCUCGCUGGGGUCUGUCUCUGUGAGUAAUAACCGCCUCAGGUAUUCCCGAU